AUGUCACAUAGAUGGCUUAAACCUGCAUCUGGGAUAUUAAAGUGUAACGUUCAUUGCUCAUGGGUGAAUGAUCAUGCCUUCUGUGGAGGAGCUUGGAUAAUUCGAAAUCAUUUUGGUGAUGUUUUGUUUCAUGCUCGAGACGCCUUUCUUCCCCGUUCCAACAGGAUUACAGCGGAGCUUAGUUGCAUUUUAUGGUGUUUACAAAGUCUAAAGGAUCUUCAUGUUCUUUCCUGUGAAAUAUGGACAGAUUGCUCGGCAGGAGUUGCAGUUCUUGAGUCGCCGAGAGCAUGGCCCAAAUAUCAUUCACUUGUGGACAAAAUAUUUGACGUGCGUCGUACUAUGGGUGAGAUCUCCUUUAAGCUGUCUGCUGUUACGGCAAAUUUGGUGGCCAGAGACAUUGCGAAGAGUGUAACUAAGGAUGGUCGACUUACAUCGUACCUCGCCUUAGGUGGGCCGGCGUGGUUGCAAGAGAGGAUUGUCCAAGAGCAAUGA